AGCGGAGCCCCUCACCGAGUCGCCUCAUCUCGUCUCCUAUUCCUUAUCCCCUACUCUUCACCUGUCUCACCUUUUAUUGAUCAGGAGGAUGAGCAGGCGGGCAGGAGACUGGAACUGCAGUUUAUGCCAGCACCACAACUUCAGCAGGCGUGACUCCUGCCAGCAAUGCGGUCACCCCAGGCUGUGCAGCGGCGACUUCUCCGACUACGCCGGCCUCGGAGGCGGUCGCGUAGGGUCCUCGUUCGGCGCCGUCUCGGAUGUCCGGCCCGGAGACUGGUACUGCUCAUGCGGCGGUCAUAACUUUGCGAGUCGAUCCAGCUGCCACUCGUGUGGCGCCUUCAGGGAUGAAUCCGCUGUCGGCGUCAUCGGCGGAUUCGACAACAGUGAAAUGGCAGGCUCACAAGGUAUCACCUACGGUGGCGGCGGCUGGAAGUCCGGGGACUGGUUGUGCACCAGGUCGGGCUGCAAUCAUCACAACUUCGCUAGCAGAAGGGAAUGUUAUCGAUGCAAGGCACCAAAGGGAUGCGGAGCCUAAGCUUCAGGACGAUUCAAGAGAGAGAGAGAGAGAGAGAGAGAGAGAGAGGCAAGAUGACAAACCGAGAACAACGAGGACAACAUGAUACAACAGUUCUAUCUCAAGUUAUUACUUUAGUUUUCCUUCUCUUGUUCCUACAAGUUUAACCAUGCAUGUACAACUUGUGUUGCUGCAUGGGUCUAUAUGCGUCGUGUCUUUAUAUGAAGAAGACAUGGAAGGUACCCUUUCUUGGUGAUAUGAAGAAGACAUGUUAUAUUCUACCAAGCACAUGCAUGUUCUCCCCUGAUGGCAUCUAUUCCUAGAAUAAUAGCGCAAAAGGUCCCAAGAAUGAAUUGGAAAUACACAUUGGCACAAUUCACACACGCACACAAAAGGUUAGGCAUUCCAGUGCACUUACAGAAAUUAAUGAAGGCUAUAGUUGCAAUCAGUGCAUUUACAAUUCAUGCUCCGAACUGUUUGUAGUAAUGUUGUGGAUAAA